AUGGCAAUGUCACCACACCUCACACUCUCUCCCACCCCAACCCUAACCUUCCACGGCCCCCAGUCCACCUCCCUCCUCUCCACCUCCUCGGCCACCAUCUCCCUCGUGUCCCCAAAUCCCAACCAACCAGCAACCCCGCUCUUCCACGUCAAAACCUCCAAACACUCCAAACCCAACGUCACCAUAACCCGCCUCUCCGGCCCACCCAACGCCCCACCCCUCGCAACCGCCACCUUUCACACCCUCACCUCCUCCAUCGACAUCUCCUUCGGCGGCAGCAGCAACAACCCCGGCCAGGCCCUACCCCCACUGAAGCUCUCCCAAGACUGGACCUCCGUCUCCCUCGGCGCCAGGACGUUCCACUACGCGCCCCGCGGGCUCGAUCUGAAAUGGCGCGCCCGCGACGCCCUCGACGGGCAUGAACUGCGCGAUUCCCAAAAGAGGGUGUUGGCGCGCUACAAGUCCUGCAGUGGUGGGGAUUUGUUGGGGACGGGGCCGCCGGUGCUGGAGGUGUUUGUGGUGGGGGCGGAUGAGGCGUUGGUGGACAUGGUGGUGGUUACGGCGGUGAGCGUCGUGAGGGCGGAGGAGAGGGAGGUCAAGAAGGUGAUGAAGAUUUUGGGGGAUUUGGGCUAG